AUGGAAGAAAAGAGUGAUUGGCUAUUGAGAUUUGCUGUGUUUUUUCUAGUAGUUCUUGUGGUCCCUACCCAAACAGAAUGUGUUCUUCCCUCUCGACAAGAACCACUUCCUGAAGGAAACUGA